UUCAUAUCUUUAUAAACACGACUAAGGGGAUGGAAUUUAAUUGGAGAUGUGUUUCGCCCUCAAAAUAUUAUAACAAAUAUUUUGAAUAUUUUACACAUUUUUACAUAUAUCGUACAUUCUGCAAUUUAAUUAUUUUAUUAAAAAUUUUUGCAUAUCAAAAGUAUUUUUAAAAAUAUAAAGAAAUUUAUAAUAAUUAUUACAUUUUUUCUUUUUAUUUACAAUAUUUUUAAUCUAAUAUAAUGAACAUUAAUGACAAUUAAAGGUGACUCGAUUAUGUAAAAGCAAAUUAAUAUUCAGAGAUUUAUAGGUUAGAAAAUUGAAAGAUUGAUUGCAUGACUUUUCUCUAACCUUAGUAAUACAAAACAAAAGGUGAUUUCACACUAAAUCGAUUGCUUUUUUCUUUCUCGAUAUCUGGACUUUUAUUCCAAAUGGGAUAUGAUGUAGUUCACAUGAAACUAGAGUUGGAACAUCGAAAACUAUGACAUUGUAAGCAAAAGAAGUCAAUAAUUUUGUGUUCCCUAAAAUAAAACAUAGCCAUAAAACUAUGUUAAAAAAGUAGGUUAUAUUUAAAUAAUAAAGACAUCAAUUUAUUUUUACUGAAUUAAUUAACAGUUAAAGGAUACAUAAAUGAAAUACAUAACCUCAAUACAUUCAUAAGUGCUUUUGUAUUAUAUUUAAAUUACUUAUGUGAAAUAAUAUGUAAAUCAAUGUUUUAAAUACAAUAUCGUAUUGUGUCACGAAAAAUACAUCUCCACAACAAAAUACAAAAUAUGGAAAUAUCAACAGUAAAACAAAUUUUUCGACGCAUUUUUACUGACAGCACAAAAUAUGAUAUAGUGAAACAAGCAAAAGUUAUGAAUAAAAUUAUGAACAAAAACAAACAAAAAAGGGAGUCAAUCAAUGAUAACAUAAAUCCUUAUGCACAUGCAACUUCAACAAGUAAACUUUCUAUACAUACAGUGCGAAGGAUGAUUGUUCUAAAUAAGGUUUUUAUGAAGUAUAUUACAGAUUUAAUGUCAACUGGAGAGAUAGUUCCUGAGAUUCUAAAUAAGAAUAUAGAGAUUUCUCAUGUUAAAGUAACUGCAGAUUUUAAAUUCAUUAAUGUAUAUUGGAUAGACAAUAAUACUGAGAAUACUGAUAUAGUGGAACUUUUGCAAAAAUGUGCCUCUCAAUUGAGGCAUGAAUUGUCUCAACUCCGUGUUAUAGGGGUUGUACCUCCUAUUAAAUUUGUCAAAUGUAAAGGUACAAGUAUUUUAAGGGAAGUAGAACAAAAAUUGAAGAUUAUGGACUUUGGGGAAGAUCAUGUAUCUAGUCCAUAUCCAGAUGCUAUACAACAGAUCAUUACUGCUUCUGGAACUUCUGAUGUUAAUCAAAAUGUUGAGAAUGUUGAAAAUAAUAACUUUAGUAUUACUUUGCCAGUAAUGAGACAUGAUGUAUUUGGAUUAGAUCAUUUUCGAAUUAUGUCUCAGAUAAAAUCCUCAUUAAAUAAAUCAAAAAAAGUUACGAUAAGACAAAUAGAAAACAUGCCAUCCUCGAAUUCAUAUUCUACAUCAAAUAUAAAAAAUAGCCCAAAUUUUGUAACUAAUAGGGAAGAACAGAAUGAGUUUAAGCAAUUUUUAUAUCACAGACGAAAAGAACAGAGAAAGAAAAUGAAGAAAUAUCGAGUAGAUAAUUCUAUUUAUGAUUCUGAAGAACAAAGUGACAAUGAUGAUCUUGGAAACGAUUAUAAUGAUUUCACUGAAGACAAUUAUGAUGAAAACAUUGAUUAUUACAAAAAACAGUAAGGACAUGAUAAACAAUAGGGAAUUGAUAGCAUAUAAACAUUCAUUUUAUUUUAUGUUACAUUUGUGCAUAAUGUACAAUUCAACUUCCCUCUGUAAGACUCAUGUAAGUAACAUGACAUAUUUGCAAUAUUUGUCCAAAUUAUUGAUCCCAUUGACUCGAUUUGAUUUUGAUGAUUUAUUGUAUGUUUUGUUUGUGAUCAAUCUCAAGUAUUUAAAUAAUUCCGCACAUGUACUGUUAUUCCCUUUUUCAAUAUUUAUUAUUUAUUUUAUCAUAUCUAUAAUCAUGGCAAGAAAUUGAAAUUUGUACAAAAAUCCAAUACUCCAACAUUCAACUAGUUUUCGGAAACGUAGGUGGUGGGAUAAUAAACUUAAACUAAGAAUUGAGUACUGUCGUCCUUGAAACAAUUCAAGAAAUUAUAAAUUAUAAAAUUAACAAAGUAAAACAUAAAUUAGAAAUUAAAUUGUACAAUAAUAUUAAUCAACACGUGAUUCUUGUUUGGUAUACUGCAGUACAUGUAUACCUAAUCUAAAUCACAUAAAUCAUCCAAUUCGUCCGAAUGGAUAUUAAAGUCAAUAGAGUAUGAUUUAACAAUAAAAU